GUGGACCAAUGGGCUGACUCAGUAGGAGGCAGCUUCUGUGUACUAUAUCUUGUGCCUAAGAUGGUCACCUUGGUCAAGAUGUGUACUUUGCAAUGUUGACCCACAGCACUGCUAGGACAACGCCCCAAACUCCCUGCUAUUUGGGGGGGAUAGGACUGGCAGGGCCUUCUAAGGAGAAUGUGGCUGAAGUCAAGAGAGACCCAUCCACAUGAGAGGGAGGCAGCCUAGCCACUGCAGCCACAGUUGGAUCAGUGCUUCCAUUGUCUGCAGCCUUUGCCAGUGCUCAGGAGGGUCACCUUGGCCAACACGAGGGCACUUUGAGGCCUCUUCAUAUGAUCAAAAGCUGUGUAGGAGGAGUGUUAAGUCAGGAUCCCAGAUGCCUGCACUCUCCUGAGAAAUGUGUUGGCAAACAUGGAGGUAGGGCAGGAAAGCGAAUGUUUACUAGCCACCAUUUGGGUAGGACAGUGCAGAAUGUGCUUUUCUUCCACCCUCACUACAAUGUUGGGUAAGUGAAGUUGGUUGGCCAUUGUUGUCCAACCCAGCUCAUGGCACAAUCACUUGCCUGCCCUACCUCACUUUCUGACAACACACAUCCAGUUCUCAGAAGCAUGCACUCACAGGUCUGGAGUCCUGGCUGAAUGCGCUCCCGACCCAGCUUUUGGUCAUGUGAGUGAGGCCUUCAUCUCCUCACACUGUUGGAAGGAGCAGUUGCCAUUGUGCCACUCACCCUAGAAGUUGCCACGCACCAUCACUCCCUGCUCUUGGCUGAACCACACUGCUACCACCUGGUAAGGGAGGUGGGUCUUCCCACUUCCAGUAGAUUUGACCCAGCUGUGCCUUAGUCCAGAGUGACAUUCACUACCACAUCCUAUGUAGAAAACACCAGAGUGGGGCUGCUUUGUAGUGUUCUUCUAAACCAGGAGUAGGUGGUAACCUUGGCUCUCCAGCUACUGCUGAACUACAACUCUCAUCACCCCCAGCCAGAACUUAUUGUGCUGGGGAUGAUGGGAGAUCUAAUUCAACAACAGCUGGAUAGCCAGGGUUGCUUACUGUUCUGAACACACAUCCAUAGUUUUGCCUUUCCACCAAGCCACCAGACUGGCAAAUAUGCCUUAGCCCACUCUGUCCUUUCUUGGAUAAGAUGCUCCAAAGCACAACCUAAAAGGCAAGAUCCAGAAGAGGCUUUAUUUGCAAAACAGCCCAUCAUCUUUGGGUUUUACAGCUCUUUUAAAAUUUCCUUUGGUGGUUUCCCCCCAGAGACCCAGGUUGCCUUAUACAGCCCCUUUGGAUUGGUUUCAAUGGUUUAGUGCAGGUGCCUUGUUUUGAGAUGCUCUCAGGGAUGUAGCAGCACUCUGGCCUCCAGACCAAGAGACAGUGUUUGCAUUGGUUCACAGAAACCAUGGUGGGGUGAGACCAUAGUAGGCUCAGAACUAUGGGUUACACACUCUACCAUUUGUAAGUUACAAUGAGUAGCAAUGUUGUUUGAACUUCCUCACUUGCCCAAGUAGCAGGAAGUUUCAGGGCCAAAGAGAAGAGAUUUGUAGGCUUGUGGUGUUUGAGUAAUUGUUUAUUUGCAACUGCGCAGCAUAAGACAACUGUACUUGGAACCCAACCAGGUGCUGUCGGUCCUGCAGCAGCAGUCUCACCCCAGAGAACAGCAGCAGCUCCCUUGCUCCCCGGGGCCCAAGACUAUUAAACUUCUGAAGCAUCCGAGACCAUCUAGCUUGCUAUUAUCUACCUUGUGGUCCAAAUUACACUUUUUGUACACCUGAUUAAGAGAUGAGCCUAACACAGGAUGUCAGAAGAAGAAGCUGAAUGGGGUGUGUGUGUGUGUGUGGGUACAUAGACUGUGCUAUUUACUCACAAAACGACCCCACCCGCACCGUUUGCCCCCAAAGCAGCAGUUUCCAGCAAUACAUGCAGGAACAGGGCCUCCCUGUGGGCUCUGCCGGGCUGUAACUAGAUAAACUGGACAGGUAGUGAUGGGGGAUGCCGAGGGGUCCUCGGAUCUUUUUGCCUUGGAGGGCCCAUGGCUUCCAAGCAAAUAAACCAGCUAAAAAGGCACCUCCCAAUGGGGUGUGUGUGUGUGUAUACACACACACACACACACACUGUAUAAGCCAAGCAGCACAAGCAGGUCAGGCAAAGACAGAGCCGAAGCCUUCCACUGCCGAGCAAGGCACGGGAUUGAGAAACACUCCACGAUUCACAGGCAGGCGCGCGCUCAGGAUCGGGGGCCGCCGCCUGGCCCAGCCCCGGGGAGCCUCUCCAGGGCCUCGCUCCAGCAGCCGCAGCAACCUCCGCCUGGUUUCUCCUCGCUCCGCGGCGGCUUCUCCUCCUGCUCUCCAUGGGCGGGGAGGGAGGGGGACCACCAGCUCCCUCUGGCUGCUUCGGGCCCCGGGAGGACCAGAGCGGAGCCAGGCCAACCCUUAGAGCCGCUUUCCCGGGGCAGGAGGAGCCGACGCUGCUCUUCCCCAGCCGGACUCCGAGUCUCCGUCUCCGACCAGCCACACAGGACGAGCGAGAGCCACCGCACGAGCCCCCUGGAAGGGGCCAAACCCCCCCUCCCCUCUGCACAGGCAAGAACCACCUGACCCUCUUGAGCUGGGGUGGGGGGGGGGCUACUAUUAGGAGGCACCUCAGUCCUGCUCCACCUUCACUUCGUCGCAACGCCAAUCAGAAGGCAAGAUUGCAUCCGGGUCCCGCUUGGCCAACUCCGCCUUUUAGCCGGGUUCGCUCCUGGUCGGCCGGGAGUGGCGGAGACGUAGGGGGCAGAACCCCCAUGGCUGCGACGCCUCUGGUUGGCCUAAAGUCUCAAGGGGCGGAGUUCCCGGACCCUCCGGCUCUCACUGGUCAGAUUUUGCGAGGAACUGGCUGCUUAUUGGCGACAGUAGAAGGAGAACUGUGGAGGGCGCCAAUCCAAACGGGCGCCUCCCUAGCUGUCUGAUUGGGUGAGGCGAUCGGGAGGAGCGGGGCGUGUCGUCGGUUGGUGGCUGGACCCACACCCGGCGCUGAGCUCGGCAGGGAGGCAGGGCCGGGAGGGCUGCGGCGGCCAGCUCCACUUGGUUCCCAUUGGACUGAGUGACCAAGGCUGGCCAUGGAGCCUGAGACACGCAGUGUGCAGAUCCAGUUCCCGCACUAUGCCACUGUCCUGCUGGAUUCACUCAACAAGCACCGCCUGGAAGGGAAGUUUUGCGAUAUCUCGAUCCACGUCCAGGGCCGCGUCUUCCAGGCCCACAAGAGUGUCCUGGCCGCCUCCUCGCCCUACUUCCAUGACAAGCUGCUCCUCAACGACACCAAUUGCAUCGUGCUGCCCAGCGUCAUUGAGCCGGAUGCCUUUGAGAACCUCCUGCAGCUUAUCUACUCAGGGCGGCUGAAGCUGCUGCUGGAGGCUCUGCCCAGCCACCUUCUGGUGGCCAGUGGUCUGCAGAUGUGGCAGGUGGUGGACCAGUGCUCAGGCAUCCUCAAGGAGCUGGAGGGUGGCCCCUGCCGGCCAUGGUCCAGCCGGGCCAGCGAGAGUCAGUCACCCAGCAGUAGCAACUACUUUGGUGUGAGGGACGACGGGGAGGCAGCCAGUGGGGCUGAAGGGCCCAGCCGCCGCCCACAGCACAGCUGCCCCGACGAUGAGGUGGUGAAAAUCCGGGUCUCCCAUGAUGAUGAGGAGGAGGAGGAAGAGGAGGAGGAAGAACAGCAGGCCCAGAUCUGCAGUGGCUCCACAGACAGGCCUGUGAAGGUUGUCUUGGAUGAAACUGAGGAGGAGGGCCGUGAUGGCUGCUCUAGGGGCUCUGGAGAGCAGGGGUCCAGUUUUGUUUCCCCCCACGAGGCCCCCAAGAUCUUCUACAUUAAGCAGGAGCGCUUUGACUCGGAGGAGGCGGCCCCCUCCGUGCUGGGCAGUGGCUCAGGCUCCUCCUCGUCCUUGUCAGAGUCCGGCUUCCUCAAGUCCUUGGGGAGGCCGCUCAGCAUGGCCGAGAUGCCGGGGCUCUGCCAGGCCGAGAUCCAGGAGACCGGGGAGGUCAGCUACAUCCUGCCCAGUGGGGCCUCUUCGUCCACAGGGCCACCCAGCAGCUUCACCGUGAAAACCCAGCCGCUCUCUUCGGACUCUGUGGCGUUCCCCGAGAGCUCCUGGAAGCCAGUUGACCUGCACGGCAACGAGAUCAUUGCCCACGCCAUCCAUGGGCAGGUGGUGCAUGCCCCCGUCAAGCUCAUGUCGGCGCCUGACGGCAAGAAGUUUGGCUGCCUGUGUGGGAAGCGCUUUGCCGUGAAGCCCAAGCGGGACCGGCACAUCAUGCUGACCUUCAGCCUGCGCCCUUUUGGCUGCUCUGUUUGCAACAAGAAGUUCAAGCUGAAGCACCACCUCACCGAGCACAUGAAGACACACGACGGCAACCUCUAUGCCUGCGAGGACUGUGGCCGCAAGUUCCGUGUGCAGAGCUGCUUCCUCAAGCACAAGGAACUCUGCAAGGGACAGGGCUGGGCCACGGCUUGCUGGACCUACAAGUAGGACAGGGGCGGCGGGCAGAGUUGGGGGGAGAGCAAGAGCACGGGCCUUCGGGCCAGGACUGUGGUGAAAGCAGGGCAGCCGAGAGGCUCGAGUGGGGAAGCUUGGCUCUGCCUCUGUCUUCUCCUCGACCCUUACAGGGGUUGCACGUGGGGGGAGGCCCCAGUGUGGCUGCCUUGGGCUGCGAGGAGCCCCCGUUUCCUCAGCCCUUCUGGGGCUUCUGUCGCUUGGAGGAGGAGUGCUUGAGCCGUCACCCAGAGGCCGAGUGGUGAAGGGCUGUGCAGCAGAGUCGCCCCAGGUGAAAGGAGAACUCAGGGCUGAGCAGAAGAGGGUUCUGGGAGUGGGAGGUCGGCAGCAGUCCCUGGAAGCCAGGAGCUCGAUGGCGUCUUCCUCCGCGCUCUCCAGAAAACUCACUGGCCAGUGAAGGCUACGGAUGGUGCAGGCAUCCGCGGCAACCGAGGGAACUGUGGCUGGGUCUCCCAUCGCCCUGCUUUCCUUGCCCCUUUUCAUCCUCCCCCCUUUCAGGGGGGUGCUGCUGCUGUCCCCUGAGUGAAGGGCUGCUUCCAGAGAACCUCUGCCACUCCAGGUCCUGGUCUGAAUCGCUGCAUAGGACGCGCCUGGGCAGGAGUGGACUCCAGCCACUAUGGAUAUUUAUAUUCCACUUGAACCAAAUGUUUGGAAGUGCUUUACGUAGGAAAGGAAAUAAAUAAAUAGAAGAGGGUUCCCUGUCCCCAAAGGGCUCUCAAUCAAAAUGCAAGAGGGAUGCCAGCAACAGCCACUGGACGAAUGCUGUGCUGGGGAAUGGAUAGGGCCCGUUGCUUUCCCCCUGCUCAAUAGAAGAGAAGCUCUACUUCCAAAGAUGCCUCUUGUUCAGUUAGCAGGGGACCCCUCCUGGGUCAGACCAAAGCGGAGCCAUGCCAUCCAGCAACCUGCUGCUUCCCACAGUGGCCAGCAACAGGGCUGGAAGGCAGCAGCUUGCCCCAGCUGUGGAGAGCUAUACGGUGUCUGGACGUGGAAGCUCCACAUAGCCCUUGACAGGCCGCCUGCCUUGCAGUUGUCCAACCCUCUUUUAAGGCAAUUUGAGGGCAUGGCUGUCACCAAGUCUUGAGGGAGGCUCUCUCUCUGUUUAUGUGCUGUGUGAAGAAGAUGGAGUGCUUGCAGCAGAGAAGACAGCCCUUGGUGGCCUUUCUUUCCACCCCUUUGCCCAGCAAUGCCCUGGCAUGACUCGGGCACUGGUGUCAGCUUCCCACGGCUAUUGCAAGUUGCACAAGGGCAGUGCCUGGCCUGCUUGAGAGGCAGGUGUCUUAAGCCUUCCUGCCACCCACCCACCCAGCCCUCCUUGUGCCACUGGAGAACUGCUGGACGUGGCGUCUUGGUGGGUUCUUCUUCUGGAUGAAGGCUGCACAACCUUGGCCUUCCAGCUGUUUUGGACUACAGUUCCCAUAAUCCCCAGCCACAGUGGUCAGUAUUUAGGGAUUAUGGAAAUUGUCCCUCUGCGGCCAUGGACUGUGUGAGCACCCCACACACCAGCCAGCAGUCUGACUGUCUGGGCAGACUUUUCUCAUGUAUGUAAUGAGCUGAAACGUCCUCCAAGCAGCUCUUUAUAGGACAUAAAACUGCUUCAGAGAGA